AUGGAUAAAUCCUGGAUGUGUACUGAUAGAACGAGAAAACGUUAUGUAGACGGAGUCGCGGCGUUUCUGCGAUAUGCUGUCAACCAUCUCAUGAAGGAGGGUGAACCAUAUGAUGAGUUUCUUAUGUUGUGUCUAUGUAUGGAUUGUUUGAAUCACUUCGCAUGCUCAGUUGGCGAUGUAGAACAUCAUUUAUUCUUAAAUGGAAUCGAUCAAACGUAUACUACUUGGACUAAGCAUGGGGAAGAGGAUGAGGAAACUAGUAAUAGGCCGGUUAACUUCAACAAUGAUAUGCACACUGAAUCUAAAUAUUUUGGAAUGGAAACUCUCAUUGAUGCUCCAAACGAAGAUUUUGGAAUUCCCACUGAUGCUCCAGACACUAUAGAUAUGAUGCAGGCUGCAGAAGAGUUUGCAUAUGAUCCUACAAAGUUUAAAAAUUUACUUGAAGAUGCUGAAAAGCCCUUAUACGAACGAUGCCCCAACUUCACAAAGUUUUCUGCCAUUGUGCAGCUGUUCAAGUUGAAGAGUAAGCACGGUGCAUCUGACAUGUUUUUUAAUGAACUAUUACCCUUGUUAAAAGACAUGCUUACGGAAGAAGGUAAUUCAAUGGUGAGGAGUACAUAUCAGGCCAAGAAAAUAUUGAAAUCAAUGGGUUCAGGCUACACAAAGAUACAUACAUGUAUCAACAACUGCAUUCUUUAUAGGAACGAGUACAAGGAUGAAAAAGUGUGUCCUACUUGUAAAGCAUCCAGAUGGAAAGUUGACAGGGACGGUAAAGUGUAUGAGAAUGUUCCAUCAAAGUGUGUCGGAAAAAAAACUCAGAGUAUUAGACUUGAUGACUCAAACAAGAAUGUUUAUGUAGGUUAUAAAAUAUUUCUACCGUAUGAUCAUCCAUUUAGAAGGCAGAAGAAGGAAUUUGGCGGAGAACAAGAGUGGGAGACUGCUCCAAUACCAAUGACUGGGAAAGAAAUAUAUGAGGAGGUAAAGCGCAUACAGAAAUCAUGGGGAAAGAAGGGGAAGAAUACUGAAGCGGAAGACGUGCAGGCUACACCUGGAAAAGGUGGAAAGAUGAAGCGCAUCAAAAAAACGAAGAUUAAGCGCACCAGAAAAAUUUCAAAGGAACUCGACAAGUCUGGUGAGGAAGAGGAAGGCAAGGACGCCACUUACUGGAGCAAGUAUAAUAUAUGGCAACGACUACUUAGAUAUUGGCGUUAUAAUGAUGUCCAACAUUGUAUUGACUUCAUGCACGUCGAAAAGAAUGUGGGCCAAAGUCUUAUUGGAACGCUGUUGCACAACGGGAAUACAAAAGAUGGAUUAAACUCCAGACUGGAUUUGGUGCGUUUAGGGUUAAAACCAGAGUUGCAACCUAAGACAGAUGACAAAGGAACGAUACUUCCCGCAACAUGUUAUACAUUAACCACGGAAGAAAAGGACAUAUUCUUGGAGACACUAUCCGAGUUAAGAGUUUCAGAAGGGUAUUGUUCGAAUUUUUCCACCCUUGUGAACCAAAAAGAGCGUAAGCUGAUCGGACUUAAAUCUCAUGAUUAUCAUAUGCUUAUGCAACAAUUUUUUCCCGUCGCAAUUCGAUCAAUUAUGCCUACACCUGGAAGUGAAAUUAUGUGGUCCGGUUUUCUUUCGAUGGAUGUAUCCUUUUGGAAGGUUAUUGUUGAAGUAGAAGAGUCUGUUGAUGCUUCGAAGAUUGGUGAUAAGGGUAAAGGUACUCUUCGCGGGGAAAAAUCAAGUGGUUCUCCUCUAAAGAAAAGAAAAGUUCGUUCUCCUUCUCGUUCAAAUGCUCUUCCUAACGAAAGUUCUGAAAAAUGA